AGUGUUUUUUUUUUGUUUGUUUCUUUCAAAUGUGAUUUAAAUCCAACGUGUAUUUAGUCGUAUUAGUGUAGCGUCUCUAAUCAAGACUUGAGUUGCAUUCCAGCUUUGUUUAUCUGCUACUCUUUAGCCCAUUGUUAUUUUGGUGCGUGAAUGUUCUGCGUUCUAACGAGAGUAAUCACAUUAUUGUAUAAAAAUAAAAUAAUAUUUGCCACAUGUGGCCUACACCCCUAGGGCCCGAUGUGCCUAACAUUAGUUCUAAAAAAAAAAGAGAGAUCUAAUGCUUAAAAGCGUGUUUACUGCUCAUUUUAAAAGCGUGCUAUGGUGUCUAAAUGUGGCAUAAAAAAUCCGCCUUCUAUUUGGAGCUCUUGAAAGGGAGAAAUCCGUGCAAGAGUGCUGAAUGAAAAGAGGCCAAGAACACUGGCUUUGAGCGUUUAGUUGAAAAACGCUGACUGUAUGAUUCUUUUGUGCUGCAUUUCGGCUUUGACCCGUCUCAAGUGCUGGCUGGCCUGGGCAAGGUGAAAGACAGGUCAGCCUGUCUCACUACUUAAUAACACAUGUGUGCUAUUUCUGCUGCAUUUCUUUUUUUUGUUCAUAUUUCAACGAAUUUUGCCAAGUUAAAAACAUAGGGUAUUUUUUUUUAUAUUCACAUGCACACUUCAAAUGGAUAUUCUUUUUUUAUCAUUGGAGCAACGUGACGAGAAAAUCGAAGAAAAAUGAUCAACGCUGUUUGAUAUGCACAAUAAUUAAUCAGUAAGAGUGAAAGCUUGGAUGCCGAGCUGUGUAAGUAGCUGCCACUGAGCUUAUAGUUAAUGGCUAAAAAGGGGAUUGCUCAACUUGUGCCCCCUUUGAGUUGUCAGAAGGCCUGAAAAAAAUUAUUUUGGGGGGCCAAUGGGUUAACUAACCCGUGUGGAGAUAAACUAUAGAUUUAGAUGACAAAGAAUUUGUUUACACUGAAAAAUAAAGGUGAUUUUUGGCUGCCUAUUGUUUAAUAGUUAUUUCGAUUAAAAAGAUAGGGCUAAUAAUUAAGAAGGAUAUUUAUAACCAUUAGUUGCUUCCAUACUUAAAACCUUUAUUUUUUUUUAUUUCAAACCUGAAGGAAAUGUGCCACUAUUCCAUAAUUUCAAUGCUAAAUUUGAGGUGAAAUGAUUCAUGCAAGUUGGAUAAAAAUUGAGUUAAUCUUGAAGGAUUUAUUGGCAUCAUGUGGAUAGUUUCUGUACUAAAAAAAUAAGAUAUGACUUAAAUUAACUCCAGAAAAUUGACUGUAAUGCUAAUAUGAAGUUAAAGAGAUUUGAUUGGUUUUUGCAUUCUUAAGAUGGCAAGAGACUUGUUUUCUCCACCAAUUUAAAGAUUCAUAAAAGGAACCAAAGUAAAAAGUGAAAGAAACUGACAAACUUGCAUAACAUUUUCAUGAAAUUAGAUAUAUUCGUAGAAAAUACUCUAACUGGAGGGAGAAUAGACCAACCAUUUGUUUCCCUCACUUGACAAUUCUAAUUGUGAGGAAUGCCAAAAAGAAGCCAAAAUAACCGAGCCAUUAUCAAACAUGCAGGCAAAUGGUGGAAAUUGCAGGAAAACACACACACACACACGGGAAGGAAGUCUUUGGGUGAGGGGGGGGGGGUCCAAAUGAAGAAGUUGACAUGACUCGUGUCUUGGAUCGUUUCACGCAUGUUGAUUUGCUCUUUAGGAAGGCCUGCCGUCGUCUAUAUAUACCCUGUAGAACCGAAUUUGUGUGAUGCAAGCCCAGUCACAGAUUCGAUUCUAGGGGAGUAUAUGGUCGAUGAAAAGACUUCGAUCUAUUGACUUCCUUGCAUCCUCUGACAUUUUGAGCAUCAUGCCUACAUGAACAUUUUGGAAUUGAAAGCAAAGUUCAAAUUUCAAAGCAACAAACUGAUAAGAUUUGAAGUUGGACGAUUAAAUUGAAUGUUGUAAGUUUUGUUUGUUUGUGCCUGUCUCGCCUUUUCACAACAAAUCAUUUACUGCACUGUUGUCAUAUAUUGACCCCGCCCCAACUCAAAACAACUUGUUUUUGAGUGAACUAACUUAAAAGAUGUCAAUAAAUGAUAUUUUCAAGUUUUCCCAGCAUUAUUUACUGCCUUAACACAAAUAGUGUUUGGGACCGUUUUUGGACGCACACGCCUUCCCUGCUCUUGUUUGUGCACCUAAUGAAUGAUUCCCAGAGGCGGCCAAUUGUUUGCGAGACGUGGCAGCAGAUGAAGGGAUGAGAUUGGUGUAACUUUUGGAUGACCCCCCCCCCCCCCCCCUUGACAAAGACAGUCGCCAUCAAUUGUCCUCACUCCGCUUGGGGCUUCUUCUUUGUCGCUUUUCUACACCACAGCACAAGCACAUGAGAGCUUGGAGGCGCAGGCUUUUACAUUUUUUUGUAUUUAUCCUCCUUUUUGAGCAUAAUUCGAGAUAUAAAGUGUUUUUGUUCUAUCCAGAGUGGACCUUCAUUUUCGAGACGUGCACGCAAGCAGAUGUUUGGAGGUUUAUUUUUCCUGCAGGAGUCUAAUUAGGGGCAUAUUUGGAAAGGAUGAAAUUGCUCUUUACUUGUCUGUUUACCCGUGCGAGCAGCAGCGUCACCUCCAUUGGCCCACACAGUCACAUGGUCCGCUAACUUUAUUCAGUUGACACCAAAGUAGGAGGGCUUUAUGGAGGCAGGAAAAAAGACAACUGGAGAAAAAUUAGUAUUUUCUACCUUCACAAAUUAAUGGCCAUGAGUUCGUAUAUGGUCAACUCCAAGUAUGUGGACCCCAAAUUUCCUCCCUGCGAGGAAUAUUCGCAGAAUAACUACAUCCCUGAGCAGGGCUCGGACUACUUCAACCCCUCGCAGGACGCUGACUUUCAGCACCCGGCCAUCUACCCACGCGCCAACUACACGGAGCAAGCGUUCGGAUGCACCGCAGUGCAAGAGUCUCCGCUGCAGCCGCGGGGUCACGUCCAAGACAAAGCCGGACAACCGAGCCCGUACGGCGCGCAGACGGAGCCGGGCGACUCGGUUCAUGUGGCCGGAGCCAGGACGUGUUCAGGCCCCAAGAGUCCAGACGGGAUCCAAGCGAAGCAGCCCGCGGUAGUUUAUCCCUGGAUGAAGAAAGUGCACGUCACCACGGUCAAUCCGGAUUACACCGGUUCCGAGCCCAAACGCUCAAGGACGGCUUACACGCGCCAGCAAGUUCUGGAGCUGGAAAAAGAGUUCCACUUUAAUCGCUACCUGACCAGAAGGCGCCGGAUCGAGAUCGCUCACACGCUUUGUCUGUCAGAGAGACAGAUCAAAAUUUGGUUCCAGAACCGAAGGAUGAAGUGGAAGAAGGACCACAAACUGCCCAACACCAAAGGCAGGUCGGUGCCGACCCACGGCCACCUGCAAAGCCUCCACAAGGACAACAGUACUGAAAUCACGUCCUUAUAAAUCACGACAAAUUCACUUGCAUCGAACUUUUUUUGUUGUUGUUGCAUGGACUGAAGUCGUUUUUUGAGCUUUUUUAAUUUAACAACAACAAAAAUCAGCGUUGUCCUGAGCCUGAGACUUAAAAAACCCCAAAAGGAAAUCAAUCAGUAUUUUGCCGGAGAGGUUAUGGCGCCACGAAUUCAAGCAUUUUUUAAAAAUAUAUUUUUUAUUAUUUGGGGGUUGGGGUGGGGGGCUCUGUGGAUUUAAGAAUGUCGUCUCUCGUGAGUUCACGCUGGCUUAAAGUCUUAAGUAGCUCUAUUUCGCACAGGGAGCCCAUUCGUUCAAAUUACACACAUGCAAGAAAAAAAAAAAAAAACGCCUCUCACAAACGCGCAAUAUACUUGAAGGAAAAUCGCAAGCAGGAAAACAAAUUUCGUUUUUAUAUAUAUCGUUCGUCUUCGUUGCUUGUUUGUUUUAACUUAUUUUGUAUUAUAAACGUUUUGUUUUCUUUGAAAAGAACAUUCCUUACAAAUAGCCAUUACUACGUUUCUUUGUUCAUAUUUUCCUAUCCGCCAAGCCAAUUUCUUUUUCAAAAUCUUCCCGCAUGACAUCGAGUUUGUUUGAAAUUUAGGAGAAUGUUGAAUUUUAUUUAUUUGCGGUUUUAAGUGGACGUUUUCGUAUAGCGCACACACGAUGAAAUGAAUGAUAUGUAAUCUUUUACAAAUUACACAUUUGUGCAUGGCUUUAUGUCGUCUUAGUUUAAUGUGAGAAUGUAUUUUGUCUUUAGUUACACAAAGAAGUGGGGGUGUCAAGCCAGAUUUAAAAAAAAAAAAAAAGACUGUUUUUUUUUCCUUCUUGGUUUUGUUUUAAACCCGUCAUUGUCUGAAGACAAGAGAAGGCCUAGAAGCUGUCCCAGCUCAUGGAGGUCUUGCCGGGGAGGUAUUCGAGGCGAAGGUCGGUUGGCAGGUUCAUCCAGGGGACACGCUCAAGCCGCGAGGAAUGACCCCGACACCCCCUGACCCGGCAGGACGAGCUGCAUUUUCUCCCUUUUCGCCCUCACAAACAACUCCGCGAAGCAUCCAAAGCAAAUCGGUGCGUGAUUUCUACAACGGAGUUCUUAACUACCCCUAAAAAAAAUAAAAGACCUCCGAUGUUCUCUUGUAGGCGUCAUUGUUAAUGCAAUGUCUUUUACUGGUCUUAUUUUUGUACAUGCUUUCUACUUUGUAUUUGUGCACCGGGAUGUGAGAUGUAUAUUGGAAACAAAUAAAGAUUUCUACUGGUUAUGCAUUUAAAUGA